AUGUGGGCCCCAUAUACACAUGGGGGACCCAAGGGCACCAAGGGGCCCCAGGGGGCCCCCAAGGGGGGCCUCCCUCGUAGUCUUAGGGUAAUUUCUCUGUUGCCCCCCAAGAGGCAGACCCCUAUCAGCAGCAAAGCAACAGCUAAACCAGCUGCCUAUACACCCCGUGGCAUAGAUAUAGGCAGCAGCCCUGCAGUACCUCCUCUCCUUCCCCUGCUGCAGCAGCAGCAGCAGCAGCAACAGCAGCAGCAGCAAAAGGAGCAACAGCAAAAGGAGCAACAACAGCAGCAACAGCAGCAACAAGAGCAGCAGAAACAGCAACAGCAGCAGCAGCAACAACAGCAGCAGGAGCAGCAGCAGCAGCAGCAGCAACGAAAACAACUUUCGCCUUUUGUCUCCACUCCUUUGCUGCCAGAGACUGCCCCAGUACCUGCUGCAGCAGCAGCAGCAGCAGCAGGACCGCAGCCUCCAAAGAAGCCUUCAGGCGCUUUCCCCAAUAUUGAGUCUGCUGUUGCUAAAGAAGAAGAAGAGGAGCAGCAGCAGCAGCAGCAGAAAAAGGAGGAGGAGAAGCAGCAGCAGCAGCAGAAGGCAGCAGAGCCAAAGGUCUCCUCCCCCAAAGAGCAGCAGCAAAAAGAAGCAGGGGCCCCCAAAGCAGCAGCAGCAGCAGAAGAGGGGCCCCCCAAGUCCCCACCGAGAAAUGAUGGCUAUGUAGCGAUGUAUAUAUCUCAUAUAAAGUCAUUAAAAGGGACAGAGACAAACCCUCGGACAUUCCAAGUUGUUCUUCAUACAUCUAAGGAAGAUCCAGUUGCUCUUGUAAGGGUUUAG